CAGAAUCAACCUUCGUAUCUACUAAAAGCAUGACCUUCGCAUUUACCAAUUAUAUGAAUGAAAGUAUGUUUACAAACUAUGUCAGGGAGGAUACGUUCACGAAUUGUAUGGAAAAUACAUUCACAAAUAAUACAGAAAAUACAUUCACAAAUAAUACGGAAAAUACAUUCACAUAUAAUACGGAAAAUACAUUCACACAUCAUACGUGGAAUACACCUAUAAGUUAUCCAAGGGAUAUAUUUCCAAGUUAUAUGAACAACACAUUUACAAAUAAUAUAAUACAAAUGAAUGCUUCGAACUUAACUGUUGAUAAAGGCGAUAAAAUGUGUAAAGGCAGUGGUGUGGAUAAAGUCAUGGAAGUCGAUGAUGGCACGGAAGUGGAUAAUAGCACGGAAGUGGAUGAUAGCACGGAAGUGGAUAAAAGCGCUGAAGUAGAUAACGGCAUCGAAAUUGGCUGUACUAAAUCAGAUGUUGAUUCUUAUGAAGCAAUCCAAGACACUGCAAAUUUUGAUAAUCAUACGAAUGAUGAAACUUCUUGUGAGGGUUUUGAAGUACAGCAAUUCGAAGUUGAUACAUUCGUUAAUGUUUCAACUGUGGAUGAGAUAAAAAGAUUCUUGUGUCCCGGUUGGGAAACUGUUGAUAAAGAUUCAAUUCGUCAAUUAGCAAAUACAGAUGAAUACCUAGUACCAAGUACAAAAAAGGAAUCAGGAUUUAUCUAUAACGUAAAUAGUGCUAUCGGAACAUGUAAUUGUUUUAUUGGAAUGUCAGGUGCACCGUGUAAGCACCAAGGACUUAAUGUGAAAGAUCAUUCUUUUUAUGCAUCGUUACGCACAAAACCUACUUUAAUCAAUCAGCAUAAUCCUAUAAAUAGCAAUGAAAAUGAUGAUUCAAAUGCUAUAACAAUAGCAAAAAGCAGGAUUGGUGCAAAUAAUGAAUUUAGUAAUAUAAAAGACCAGGAAGCAUAUUUUGACGAUUCAUCUUUCAAUAAUUUUUUAACAGAAAGCAAGGUUGGCACAAGUAAUGAAUUCAG